AUGUUCGCAGUUUUACUCUGCGAAGCUGCUGGUCUUCAGUCGAUAAUCACGUCCUCCUCCGACGCAAGGAUCGAAAGCAUCAAGAAGCUGGGAUCACGAGUCGAGGGUAUCGACUAUAAGACUACACCCGAUCAAGGAGCAGAAGUUCAACGCCUUACAAACGGUACGAGUGUUGACUUUGUCACCAAUAACUCAGGCCCUGGGUCUAUCCCACAUGACAUCGGAGUCCUGCGUAAGAGAGGCGGCACUGUCUCUCUUGUAGGCUUCCUGGCCGGCUACGCAACAGAGUGGGAGCCAUCAGCCAUCAUGGCACUAAUGGGGAAGGCCGCCAAAUUGAAGGGAAUCAUGGCUGGCUCGAAGAGGGAUUUCCAGGAUCUCUGCCAAUUUCUGAAAGACAAGAAGGUCUCUACCAGCCCAGUUAUUGACCGUGUCUUCUCAUUCCAUGAGUCUGAGGAUGCCUUCAACUACCUUUACUCGGGAAAGCAUAUCGGCAAGGUUCUUAUUAAGAUAUGA